AACAAGGGUAAAUUUGUAAAUUGACAUCUGAUAGAGUUUUGUUGUCUUCUUCGUGUCCAUGCCCUUGUGAAAGAGAUCCAACUUUCUCUGGGUUUGUUUGCAGAAGCCAGAAAGGUUACUUCUUUGAGUAUCAUCGUGUCCAAGCGAAGAAGAAAGAUCCAAAUUUGAUAUUUGGAGCCUCCAUCAAUGGCUUCGUUUCUGGCUCGCAGGUCGCUCAAUGCUCUCCGGACCCGACAUAUCGUUUCUUCAGGGCAAGCUUUACAGGGAUCUCAUCUCGUUGGGCUACAGUCCCGUGCUAUAUCGUAUGGCACCAAUAAAGAUGAUCAAGAAGCUGAGCAACUUGCUAAGGAGAUCUCCAAGGACUGGAGUACUGUCUUUGAGCGGAGCAUGAACACCCUAUUUCUCACUGAAAUGGUCCGGGGCUUGUCGCUGACCCUCAAGUACUUCUUUGAUCCAAAAGUUACAAUCAAUUAUCCUUUUGAAAAGGGUCCAUUGAGCCCUCGCUUCCGUGGUGAGCACGCUCUUCGAAGGUAUCCAACUGGGGAAGAACGCUGUAUUGCCUGCAAACUCUGUGAAGCUGUAUGUCCAGCUCAAGCAAUCACCAUAGAGGCAGAGGAGAGGGAAGAUGGAAGCCGCAGAACCACUAGGUAUGAUAUAGACAUGACAAAGUGCAUCUACUGUGGUUUUUGCCAAGAAGCUUGCCCUGUUGAUGCAAUCGUGGAAGGACCCAACUUUGAGUUUGCAACCGAGACUCAUGAGGAACUUCUGUAUGACAAAGAGAAGCUUCUUGAGAAUGGAGAUCGGUGGGAGACAGAGAUUGCCGAGAAUCUGAAGUCGGAGAGCCUCUACCGUUGAAUUCAGAGAAUGUUUUGGUUUGAAUAAAAGAUGCUUCAACUUUUGCAAACUGUUACCGACUUUGCUUUACUUGCAAGUAGUCCAUACGGAUGUGAAAACUGGGUUUGGUUUUGUUUCUGGUUUAAAUUGGACCAUAAAUACCAUACCAAACACUUUUGGAAUAUGAAGUUAUGAAUACAUGGAGUUGUUACUCUCUA